UUUAUUCUUUUAAGAUUUGGAUCCGUGUGAGCUCUGUCACACAUAACUCAAAACUCAAACCAGUUCAACCCCAAACACACCCCCGCGCCGCUCAUCUCUUGCCCAAACCACCAGAUCACCAGACCAGCCCCUCUUCUCGCUGCCAACCAACAUCCUUCGCGCCGCUCAUCUUCCCGACUCCGGUACCCACGUAUUCUUCUUAAGAUAUACAUUAACAUGAUCGAUAGAUAGCAACUACUUGAUUUUUCAUUUCCUUGUGCAAUAGGUCAAAUUCCCACUUUUUCCCUAAAUUCUUCCCAACUGUAACUAACAAUUCACUCUUGGAAUUUCCAAAACCUAACUUGUGAAAAUCUACCAAGUCACUGGCAUCACUCUUAAUCUUAUGAAAAUUUAAAUCAAUUCUUAAAAUUCUUGAUAUGGUUUUGAUUUUGAGUGCUUGUGAUAUCUCUGCCUGAACUUCCUUUCGCUGAUAAUUAUUCCAUACCUUGCCAUUGAAUCUUGUCUUUCCAUUGGGGCAGUUAAAUUUGGAGGUUGUAGAGAAAAAAAAGAAUUCAGCCUCGAGUAUAGUUAAAUUCGAAAGUUUGUGAAAUUAUGUGGCAACACCUUCUUCGGCCCUGUAAUUAUAGGACUAUUGAGACUGUUGCUGCUGCUCAUGUUGCCCGCAAAUCCCCAUUGCUUCGUAAUUUAAUCUCCUCCUCAUCCUCUCUUUACCAACCACACUUAAAUGUGCACAAUGAAUCAAAAUUUUUGAUAACCAAUGUAAAACAUGAGCAGUGUGAAGAUCAACCAGAUUUCUCAAUUGGGUCUCCAUGUAGGGUACAGAAACUCAUUGCAUCCCAAUCUGAUCCUCUUCUUGCCAAGGAAAUUUUCGACUAUGCUUGUCGUCAACCCCAUUUUCGACCAUCAUCUUCCUCUCUCCUCGUUCUUAUCCUCAAGCUAGGCCGUUCCAAAUACUUCUCUCUGAUUGAUGAUCUUCUUCUUAGCUUCAAGUCUAGACGUUACCCUGUCACUCCAACAGCCUUCUCCUACAUAAUCAAAAUCUAUGGUGAAGCUGAUUUACCAGAUAAAGCUCUUAAAGUCUUUUAUACUAUGAUCGACUUUGGGUGUACGCCUUCUUCCAAACAAUUGAACCGCAUACUGGAAAUUUUGGUUUCUCAUCGUAACUUCAUUCGACCAGCUUUUGAUCUUUUCAAGAAUGCCCGUCAUCAUGGAGUGUUGCCCAACACCAAAUCUUAUAACAUUCUUAUUCGUGCAUUCUGUUGGAAUGGAAAUAUUAGUAUUGCCUACACACUGUUCAACAAGAUGUUCGAACGAAAUGUCAUUCCAGAUGUCGAGACGUAUCGGACAUUAAUGCAGGGUCUUUGCAGGAAGAAUCAAGUGAAUGGUGCUGUUGACUUGCUUGAAGAUAUGUUGAACAAAGGAUACAUUCCAGACACAUUGAGCUAUGCCACUUUGUUAAAUAGUUUAUGUAGGAAGAAAAAGCUAAGGGAAGCUUAUAAACUUCUCUGUAGAAUGAAGGUUAAAGGUUGCAAUCCUGAUAUUGCUCAUUACAAUACAGUUAUAAUGGGAUUUUGCAGAGAAGGGCGUGCUCUUGAUGCUUGUAAGAUUCUGGAGGAUAUGCAGUCAAAUGGUUGUUUGCCUAAUUUAGUAUCCUACGAGAGUUUGACUAAUGGAUUAUGUGAUCAAGGAAUGUUUGAAUUGGCAAAGGGUUAUGUUGAGGAGAUGACAUUAAAGGGUUUUUACCCACAUUUCUCUGUCAUUCAUGCUUUGGUUAAGGGUUUCCAUAGCAUUGGCAGAAUCCACGAGUCGUGUAGUGUUCUUGAAGACAUGCUAAAGCGUGGGAAAGCCCCUCAUUCCGAUACUUGGGAGAUUAUUAUAUCUGGGAUUUGUGAAGUUGAGGACACUGCCAAAUUUUGUGAAGUUUGGGAGAAGAUUUUGAAGAAAGAUGUAAGAAGAGACACUAGAAUAGUUGAAGCAGGCACUGGUUUGGGUGAGUAUUUAAUUAGGAAGCUACAAGCUUCCAUAUCACGAAGGAUUUGAAUAUUUCUUAGUUAAACUAGUUGUAAGAGUAUUCAAAUUUUUAGUCUCUUGGUUUGAGAUAUACGCCAUAAUCAAUUCAUUUGUAGCUCAAGUUGCACAAACGGCUUGAAUUUUUAUUGUACAUGCUUGAUUGAGUUUUUGGAUAUCUUCCAUCCUAUUUACAGCACAAACAUGAACAUCAUUUUGUUUUUGAAA